AUGAAUUCCCGGACAGGUAAUCCGAUAAAGCUUGUAAUACGAUCGUCAACGCUUUUAUUCUGUGGUGUCGUUAUGAUUCAGCUGUUUGCUACUCAAAUUGAUGCUGAAGGAUCUACAAGUCGAUGGCAGACGCUCAGUGGUGAUGCUCCACUUGUGAUUGCUCGUGGUGGGUUUUCUGGAUUGUUACCAGAUUCGAGUCUUGUUGCUUACAAUCUUGCAACCCUGACAAGUGUAACCAGUGUUGUUCUAUGGUGUGAUGUUCAGCUAACCAAAGACGGGGCUGGGAUUUGUUUCCCUGAUUUAAAUAUGGCCAAUGCUUCGAAUAUCGAUGUUGUUUACCCAAAUCGCAAAAACUCUUACCCGGUUAAUGGAGUCACUACACAGGGUUGGUUCGCCAUUGAUUCCACCUUGAGAGAUCUCCAGAAUGUAGCCUUGAUUCGAGGAAUACUAUCGCGAUCAGAUAAAUUCGAUGGUAAUGGAUAUCCGAUUUCUACGAUUCAAAGUGUAAACGAGCACAUUAAGCCCCAAGGAGGUUUUUGGUUAAAUGUUCAGCACGAUGCGUUCUACGAACAACAAAAUUUAAUCAUGAGCAGUUUUCUAUUAUCAGCUUCAAGAACUGUUUCCAUUAACUUCAUCUCUUCCCCUGAAGUGAAUUUCUUUAAGAAAAUUGCUGGCCGUUUCAAGCGUAAUGGACCGAGUUUUGUGUUCCAGUUUCUUAGGAAUGAAGAUUUCGAGCCGACAACAAACCAAACCUACGGUUCUAUCUUGGGUAACCUAACUUUUGUCAAGACGUUUGCUUCAGGGAUUCUUGUUCCCAAGUCUUACAUAUUGCCACUCGAUGACAAGCAGUACUUGCUUCCUCCUACAUCAUUAGUUCAAGAUGCUCACAAAGCAGGAUUAGAAGUAUAUGUGUCAGGUUUCGCAAGUGAUGUUGAUAUUGCAUAUAACUAUAGUUUCGAUCCAGUGUCUGAGUAUCUAUCUUUUGUGGACAAUGGCGAUUUCUCUGUCGAUGGCAUGCUCUCUGAUUUUCCCUUAACGGAAUCUGCUUCCAUUGACUGCUUCUCCCACAUUGGCAGAAACGCUACUAAACAAGUGGAUUUUCUUGUUAUAUCAAAAGAUGGUGCGAGUGGUGAAUAUCCUAGAUGUACAAACUUAGCAUAUGAUAAGGCAAUCAGAGAUGGUGCUAAUGUUAUUGAUUGCUCAGUCCAAAUGUCUAGCGACCGUAAACCCUUUUGCUUAAGUUCGAUAGAUCUCAAGGACAGCACAAUGGUCGCCCAAACUACUUUUAGCAACCGUUCCACACCUAUUCCUGAGCUUAGCUCAGUUCCUGGAAUAUACACUUUUAGUCUCACAUGGCCUGAGAUCCAAAACUUGACUCCUGUUAUAUCAACCCCCUUCAGGGAUUCUUACAAUAUGUUUAGGAAUCCGAAUGAGAGAAACUCAGGGAAGCUUAUUUCGCUUUCUGAGUUCCUAGAAUUAGCAAAAAACUCCACUUCUCUCUCCGGUGUUUUGAUCAGUGUAGAGAAUGCAGCAUACCUGAGAGAAAAGCAAGGGCUUGAUGUGGUUAAAGCAGUUCUUGAUACACUCACAGAGACUGGCUACGAAAAUAGUACAACCACAAAGGUCAUGAUUCAGUCAACCAACAGCUCGGUUCUAGUUGACUUCAAAAAGCAGUGCAAGUACGAGACUGUCUACAAAAUUGAUGAAACCAUUGGUGAAAUUCUUAACUAUGGUAUCGAAGACAUAAAGAAAUUCGCUAACGCUGUUGUCAUCAACAAAGAAUCAGUCUUUCCUGACUCUGAUUCGUUUCUCACUGGGCAAACCAAUGUUGUGGAGAGACUCCAGAAGUCUCAGCUCCCGGUUUAUGUUGAACUGUUUCGGAAUGAGUUUAUCUCUCAAGCAUAUGACUUCUUUUCAGAUGCAACUGUUGAGAUAAACACAUAUAUCUAUGGAGCCGGUAUCAAUGGAACCAUAACGGAGUUCCCUUUCACAGCUGCAAGAUACAAACGGAAUCGAUGUUUAGGCAGAAAAGAAAUACCACCUUACAUGUCACCUAUUCAAGCCGGUACCCUCUUAAAAAAUCUUGUGACUCCUCUGUCCUUACCACCGGCCGAAGCUCCAAAACUAAUUAUCACAGAUGCUGACCUCAUUGAGCCACCACUACCUCCGGUCACAGCAAAAGCACCAAGCUCAACCCCAUCAAAGAAUGCACAAGCACCUAGUGGACAAAUCCGAAUCACUCUAUCUAUUCUCCUCUCGGGUUUUGCCUCUCUUCUACUUAUGUGAUCAACCUUUGAUCUAAUAUCAUCUCUGGUUUUGCUUCUCUUCUACUUGUGUCAUUCAAAUCUUAAAAUUCGGUACCAUAAUAUAAAACAUGUAAAAACAUCAUAGUUACUACACUAUACUCUCGCCUAAAUCUGUUGGUACUC